AAUUUAAACGAAAUUUAAUGCACUUAGGGUAGUGGAAACAACAAUAAUGUACAGUGAUAAAUGAAUGUGAAGGGGCGAAAAUUUAACCAAGAUGAAACCACUUCUUCCUUUGAACCUCUUCUUCUUUUAUGUUGUCAUCUAAAAAGAGAGAUGCAAGAGAGGAACAACACUAAUGGUGUGAACCCUAGUACCAUUCAGGUUGUAGAAAGAAAGAAACGAUAAACCCUAUAAACUUCCUUCCUUCCUUCCAAUGGCGUCCGAUCUUCCGCCGGACAUACUUGCCGAAAUCUUCUCCUGCUUACCAGUUAAAUCACUACUCCGAUUCCGAUCAACUUCUAAAUCACUUCGAUCCCUAAUAGAUUCUCACAAAUUCAUCAACCUUCACCUCAAAAGUUCCCUCAACUUCAAACUCAUCCUCCGUCACAAGACCAAUCUCUACCAACUCGAUUUCCCUAACCUAACCAAAUCCAUAAUACCGCUCAACCAUCCUUUCACCACCAACAUCGAUCCUUUCACGCUUAACAGCAUCAAGGCUCUUAUUGGUUCAUGUAACGGCCUCCUCGCCAUCUACAAUGGCCCAAUUGCUUUUACGCAUCCAAACGACGCAACUGAAAUCACAAUCUGGAACACUAACACCCGUAAACAUUGGAUUAUCCCUUUUCUCCCUCUUCCUAUCCCUAACAUUGUGGAGUCUGAAAACAUUGAACGCGGCGGUGUAUGCAUUCACGGCUUCGGUUUUGAUCCUUUAACCGGCGAUUACAAACUCCUCCGAAUCUCUUGGCUAGUAUCUCUACAAAACUCUUUUUAUCAUUCACAUGCCAGACUCUUCAGCUCCAAAACAAACUCGUGGAAAAUAAUUCCUAUUAUGCCCUACACUGUUUACUAUGCUCAAGCCAUGGGGGUUUUUGUUGAGAAUUCUAUUCACUGGAUAAUGGAAAAGAAUCUUGAUGGGUCAGACCUUUGUUUAAUUGUCGCGUUUAACCUAACACUAGAGGUUUUCAAAGAGGUUCCUCUUCCUGCUGUUAUAAGAGGUGAGGAGGUAAAUAAUAAUCAGAGUUUUGACCUUGAGGUUGCUGUUUUAGGAGGUUGUCUUAGUAUGAUUGUGAAUUAUCAAACUACUAAAAUUGACGUUUGGGUGAUGAAAGAAUAUGGUUCUAGAGAUAGUUGGUGUAAAAUUUUUACUUUGGUUAAAUCACGGUUCACUUUACGUUUGAAAUCUUUGAGGCCUUUAGGUUAUUCUAGUGAUGGUAGUAAGGUUCUAUUAGAAAUAGAUUGUAAGAAGCUGGUUUGGUAUGAUUUGAAGAGUGAGCAAGUUAUUUAUGUUGAAGGAAUUCCUAAUUUGGAUGAAGCUAUGAUUUGUGUUGAAAGUCUUGUGCCACCUUCCUUCCCUGUUGAUAAUUCUAGUAAGAAGGAGAAUCGUUUAAGCAAGAGCAAGAGAAGGGACGACUUCUUGUCCGGAGGAUUUAAAUUGAGAUUGUAAGGGAUGGAAGGAAGGACCUGUGAUGUGCAGCUGAAACAUGAUGCUCAAGUAGUUUCUUGUGAUGGAAUUAGUCAUCUUGUGGGAAAUGUUGAAUUGAUAAUUCAUGGAGCUGCACACAUUUUUAUAUCUCAUUUUGAAUUGUAAGUCUGAGAUCACAUUAGUGUGUGAAGAAUUUGAUUAUGAAUCCUCUCUCCCUCUGGCCUUUCUAAAAGGAUUAUUUGCUUUUAUAUUCUACUUCUAGUACUGUUGAAAAAAUAUGGAAUAGUCCAUAUUUCCCCUUAUGAUAUUUGUAAUUGAAACUCUCUGUAGUUAAAUUCAAAGACCUCACUCCUAAUUUCCUUUAUCUCUGAAUUCCAAACUCUUACAACAUGUUUAGCAUUAACUCUACUUUAGCAUUAACUGUAAUGGGUUAUAGGUGUGACCAUGAGGUGGUCAUUUAUUGACGUAUAAGUUUGAGGUCAUAACUCCAUUCAAAAUCUAGGCUUUUCUUAUUAUAGAAUAUAUCAUUGGUUAAUAAUAAUGGUUCUGUAUAUCUUCUGAUGCUUCCUAGUGGAGUUUAUGUGUAAGAACUAAGAAUAAGUGUUUGAUGUAUUUAGUCAAGAAUUUAGACUAAACACAUCAACUUUUACCAACUUUUGGUUAUAUUUGUGACUGGAGUAAUAUGUUAGAAUUUGGAAAUAUUUAAGGAACUGCCAGUUGGCUUAUCAUGUCAAUCCAUUAGUAGAUUGAAAGUGCAACUAGGGAAUGAAUCAUCAGAGAAUGUGAGCAAAGAGAAGAAUCUGAGCACAGAAAAAUCACAUGUAUAUAAGAGAUUUGAAUAAAAAUGGAUAUGAACAUUUAAAUGAACAGAACCUGCAUAAAAUUCCCAACUCAUAGAUAUUCCAGCUUGAAGAAUAAGAAUAUAAAGUUACAGAAGUAACAGAAAACAGAAUUAUAAAUUUGAUUGAGUGAUGAAAUAAAAAAGUACUAUCUCCGUCCCUAAUUAUGGACUAUUCCACAAGUUUCAGUUACAAAUAUCAUAAGGCAAAAUAUGGACUAUUCCAGAUCCAUAUUUUCUCAAAGAUUAAAGCAGAAGAUCCUUUUAGAAAGGCCAGAGGGAGAGAGGAUUCAUCAUCAAACUCUUUAUACCCUAAUGUGAUCUCAGAGAUACAAUUCAAAAACUCAAACACUCAAACUAUAUUUCUAGGUAAUUAUCGGCUAAUCCAUACCCAAUCUGAAACAUAUACAUAAAUUUCAAACUAAGAAUUACCUAUUAAGGUUCUUUCAAAUUGAUUUCAGCAGAGAUGUUUCGUUGUGUGA